UUGGUGUUGAAAGGUGUGGUUCAGAUACUGAGAUAACAUUUGGAUAGAGAGUCAGUGUUUUCGUAAACUUGGUGAAGUCCCCUUUACAUUGACACCCAUGGACAUUGUUUCCCAGGCUGCUGAAAUGUUUAAUAAACAAAACUAGUUGAAAUCGGGCGAGAGGAGAAUGCUACAACAGAAGUAGAUAGAAACAAUACAGCGUUUACAUUCAAAUAUGACUGUAGGUGUAUUUUGGCAAUGCCUGGCGUUUUCAAUAUGCCUGCAGUUCGGUGUGGGGCAUGCAGAAAAAGUUUGGGAUAAUUGGGGUAGUUAUGGACCAUGUUCUCGAACCUGUGGUGGAGGGGUGCAAUCUCGACAGAGGAGAUGUGUGUAUCAAAGGUCAGGGUCAGGAAGAAAGCAAGUCUGUGAUAAUGCUCAACAGGAAAUUGAGUACAAAUCCUGUAAUAUACAAAAUUGUGCAGAUGGGAGUAUGGACUUCAGAGCAAUACAGUGUCAAGAUUUUGACAACAUGCCUUUUUUGGGCAAAGAAUACAAGUGGAAACCUUAUUAUGAUGGAGAGAAGCCAUGUAAUUUACUCUGUUUAGCAAUCGAUACUAGUAUAUACCACGAGUGGAGCGACAAAGUUAUAGAUGGAACAAGGUGUGAUAAUCUGUCAGAUGACCAGUGUGUGGAUGGAGCCUGUCAGAAAGCCGGUUGUGACAAUGUGUUGGGAUCCUCCUCCCGACGAGAUGUGUGUGGAGUGUGUAAUGGUGAUGGCCGAUCAUGCAAACUCAUACAGGGCUCUUUUACUAUUCCUCAACUCUACUCAGGCUACAAUGAAAUCAUCACUCUGCAGAAUGGAUCAACAUCAAUUUUGAUACAGGAAUUGAAAUACAGUCCAAAUUAUUUAGUCCUGAAAAGCAAUGAGGAAACAUUUGUAUUAAAUGGGCAAGAAGGCGAUGGCAAGCUGAUGAUAGACAUAGGUGGUACCACUUUAUUGUAUACACAGGAGCGAUCAGGCCAGAACCUUGUGAAGAAACUGACCGGGCAAGGCCCCACCAAGCACAGCAUACAAAUUUAUAUGAUGGCCAAGGAAGAACAAAAUCCAGGUGUGUCUUAUGAGUUUUACAUACCUGUAUCAAGAAGAGUGGCUUUGUAUGAUCCUAGAAUGCCUGUUGUUAACACUACACAAAACUUAAACCAGGGACAGGCUGAACUACGGUCCGGUGGAAUUGGAGAGUUCUCUUACUCCUGGAAAUUUGGAGGAUGGACACCAUGCUCUACCAAAUGUGGAAAUGGUGUCAGAAAACGCCUGGUAUUGUGUAUGAGCAGAUGGACAGGAGAGAAAACAGGCCCUGAAAAUUGUGCUGUGUCUGAUAGACCAGCUGAUACAGAGCAGUGCAGGGGAGAUGACUGUGAUGAAACAUCUCAAGAGGUCACUGUUGAGUGGGAGCUAGGUGACUGGGGUCUAUGUUCUUCGUCCUGUGAUAUUGGUGACCAGUUACAGACUGUUACAUGUAUGUCCACUGAUCCUAGUGGACGGUCAGUUCCUGUAGCAGAUGACAGGUGUGAACAGGUGUUUGGUCAGAAACCAGAGUACCGGAGAUCCUGCAAUGAAAAUGUGCCAUGUCCUUUCUGGACCACACUGGAGUGGUCUUCUUGCAACAAGGUGUGUGGCAUGGGAGAACAAACCCGCAAUGUGUUGUGCGUUAGUGUUGACAACAGAAAGCUGUCAGAGAGUGCAUGUGACCCCACAAAGAUGCCCACAUCCACCCGACCCUGCAUGGCCAGGCAGUGCUCUAAUAAUCUUGAAGGUGGCCAAGAGAACUGUAGAAAUUCACUGUUUGGAUGUUGUCAAGAUGGAGUAACUGCAGCCCAAGGAUCCAAUUUUCAUGGCUGUCCACAAGAGUGUGCCACAAGUAGGUAUGGAUGUUGUCGGGAUAGAAAAACACCUGCUAAAGGCCUAAAUUUUGAGGGAUGUGAAGGCUCAUGUUCAUUAACAAGGUAUGGAUGUUGUCCAGAUCAGAGAAUCCCAGCAAGAGGCCCAAAUGGAGAGGGGUGUACUUCUGAUUGUUCAAGGUCUAGAUAUGGAUGUUGUCCUGACAACCAAACUCCAGCUACGCAACCAAAUGGAGAAGGUUGUCCUAUUGAAUGUUCCAGGUACAGGUAUGGAUGUUGUCGGGAUAAUGUAACUGUAGCUAGGGGUCCUAAUGGUGAGGGGUGUCCUGUUUCUUGCUCUGAUAACAAAUAUGGAUGUUGUCCUGAUGGGAAGACAAAACAAACAGGACCAAAUGGUGAAGGAUGCACAACUGAUUGUUCUGGAUCCAGAUUUGGAUGUUGCCCUAAUAAUCAAACUCCAGCUAGAGGUUCUAAUGGUGAAGGAUGCCCUACUUCUUGCAGUAACUCUAGAUAUGGCUGUUGUCCUGAUGGUAGAACAGAAGCUAGAGGACCUGACGGAGAGGGUUGUUCUGUAGACUGUUCCAGAUACAGAUUUGGCUGUUGUCCAGACAAUGUAACUCCUGCUAGGGGUCCAGAUGGGAAGGGUUGUCCUAAUCCCUGCAGUAACUCUAGAUAUGGCUGUUGUCCUGAUGGUAGAACAGAAGCUAGAGGACCUGACGGAGAGGGUUGUUCUGUAGACUGUUCCAGAUACAGAUUUGGCUGUUGUCCAGACAAUGUAACUCCUGCUAGGGGUCCAGAUGGGAAGGGUUGCCCUAAUUCCUGCAGUAACUCUAGAUAUGGCUGUUGUCCUGAUGGAAGAACGGAGGCAAAAGGUCCUGAUGGAAAAGGUUGUUCUAGUGAUUGCUCAAGAUACAGAUAUGGAUGUUGUCCUGAUAAUAUAACCCCAGCAAGAGGUCCAAAUGCUGAAGGAUGCCCUGGCUUAUGUAAAAAUAGUAGACAUGGCUGUUGUCCUGAUGGUGGAACAGAAGCUAGAGGACCUGACGGAGAGGGUUGUUCUGUAGACUGUUCCAGAUACAGAUUUGGCUGUUGUCCAGACAAUGUAACACCUGCUAGGGGUCCAGACAGAGAAGGUUGUCCUAAUUCUUGCAGUAACUCUAGAUAUGGCUGUUGUCCUGAUGGAAAGACAGAGGCAAGAGGUCCCAAAGGUGAGGGUUGCCUUGUUGAGUGCUCUCGUUACAGAUAUGGAUGUUGCUCAGAUAAUAUUACUCCAUCCAGAGGUCCUAAUGGAGAAGGUUGUCCAAGUAACUGUACAGUAUCUCAGUAUGGCUGUUGUCCUGACAGGAUAACAGAAGCUAAAGGACAAAAUUUUGAGGGAUGCCCUAAUGAAUGUCUGAGUAGUAGAUAUGGAUGUUGUCCAGAUGGAAGAACAGAGGCAAAGGGUCCUGAUGGAAAGGGUUGUUCUAGUGAUUGCUCAAGAUACAGAUAUGGAUGUUGUCCUGAUAAUAUAACCCCAGCAAGAGGUCCAAAUGCUGAAGGAUGCCCUGGCUUAUGUAAAAAUAGUAGAUAUGGCUGUUGUCCUGAUGGUAGAACAGAAGCUAGAGGACCUGACGGAGAGGGUUGUUCUGUAGACUGUUCCAGAUACAGAUUUGGCUGUUGUCCAGACAAUGUAACACCUGCUAGGGGUCCAGACAGAGAAGGUUGUCCUAAUUCUUGCAGUAACUCUAGAUAUGGCUGUUGUCCUGAUGGAAAGACAGAGGCAAGAGGUCCCAAAGGAGAGGGUUGCCUUGUUGAGUGUUCUCGUUACAGAUAUGGAUGUUGCUCAGAUAAUAUUACUCCAUCCAGAGGUCCUAAUGGAGAAGGUUGUCCUAGUAACUGUACAGUAUCUCAGUAUGGCUGUUGUCCUGACAGGAUAACAGAAGCUAAAGGACUAAAUUUUGAGGGAUGCCCUUAUGAAUGUCUGAGUAGUAGAUAUGGAUGUUGUCCAGAUGGAAGAACGGAGGCAAAAGGUCCUGAUGGAAAGGGUUGUUCUAGUGAUUGCUCAAGAUACAGAUAUGGAUGUUGUCCUGAUAAUAUAACCCCAGCAAAAGGUCCAAAUGCUGAAGGAUGCCCUGGCUUAUGUGAAAAUAGUAGAUAUGGCUGUUGUCCUGAUGGUAGAACAGAAGCUAGAGGACCUGACGGAGAGGGUUGUUCUGUAGACUGUUCCAGAUACAGAUUUGGCUGUUGUCCAGACAAUGUAACUCCUGCUAGGGGUCCAGACAGAGAGGGUUGUCCUAAUUCUUGCAGUAGCUCUAGAUAUGGCUGUUGUCCUGAUGGAAAGACAGAGGCAAGAGGUCCCAUAGGAGAGGGUUGCCUUACUGAGUGCUCUCGUUACAGAUAUGGAUGUUGCUCUGAUAAUAUUACUCCAUCCAGAGGUCCUAAUGGAGAAGGUUGUCCAAGUAACUGUACAGUAUCUCAGUAUGGCUGUUGUCCUGACAGGAUAACAGAAGCUAAAGGACAAAAUUUUGAGGGAUGCCCUAAUGAAUGUCUGAGAAGUAGAUUUGGAUGUUGUCCAGAUGGAAGAAUGGAGGCAAAAGGUCCAGAUGGAAAGGGUUGUUCUAGUGAUUGCUCAAGAUACAGAUAUGGAUGUUGUCCUGAUAAUAUAACCCCAGCAAGAGGUCCAAAUGCUGAAGGAUGCCCUGGCUUAUGUGAAAAUAGUAGAUAUGGCUGUUGUCCUGAUGGUAGAACAGAAACUAGAGGACCUAACGGAGAGGGUUGUUCUGUAGACUGUUCCAGAUACAGAUUUGGCUGUUGUCCAGACAAUGUAACACCUGCUAGGGGUCCAGAUGGGAAGGGUUGUCCUAAUCCCUGCAGUAACUCUAGAUAUGGCUGUUGUCCUGAUGGAAAGACAGAGGCAAGAGGUCCCAAAGGAGAGGGUUGCCUUGUUGAGUGUUCUCGUUACAGAUAUGGAUGUUGCUCAGAUAAUAUUACUCCAUCCAGAGGUCCUAAUGGAGAAGGUUGUCCAAGUAACUGUACAGUAUCUCAGUAUGGCUGUUGUCCUGACAGGAUUGCUGAAGCUAAGGGAUUCAAUUUGGAAGGCUGUCCCAUUGGGUGUCUUAGAAGCAGAUUUGGUUGUUGCCCUGAUGGUAGAACGGAAGCCAGGGGUCCCAACAGAGAAGGUUGUGGUGUUGAUUGUUCAAGAUACCAGUAUGGAUGUUGUUCUGAUAAGUUAACUGCAGCAAGAGGCCCCAAUGGAGAGGGUUGUCCUAGUAACUGCACACUUUCUGCAUUUGGUUGUUGUCCUGAUCAAGUGACUGAAGCAAAGGGAUACAACAUGAAAGGUUGUCUUAGUUCAUGCUCAAGUAGCAAGUAUGGAUGCUGUCCUGAUGGAAUUGGAGAGGCCAAAGGCCCAUAUGCAGAAGGGUGUUCUGUGAAUUGUAAAGAGACGCAGUUUGGAUGUUGUCCAGAUAAUGAAACACCAGCAAGAGGUCCCAAUGGAGAAGGUUGUUAUUUGGAAUGUUCCAGAUAUCAAUAUGGAUGUUGUUCUGAUAAAGUGACACCUGCCAGAGGUCCAAAUGGUGAAGGCUGUCCAACUAAUUGUACACUAUCACAGUAUGGAUGUUGUUUUGAUCAAGUAACGGAGGCAAGGGGAUUUAAUUUUGAGGGUUGCCCUAAUAACUGUCAGAAAAGCCAGUAUGGAUGCUGUCCAGAUGGCAAAACAGAGGCAAGUGGUCCAAAUGGAGAAGGCUGCUUAUCUGAGUGUGCUAGAAGAAGGUUUGGAUGUUGUUUUGAUAACUACACACCUGCAAAGGGUCCAAAUGGUGAAGGGUGUCCAGGUAACUGUACACAAUCUAUAUAUGGGUGUUGUUCAGAUGGAAGAACAAAUGCAAAAGGUCCAAAUGGAGAGGGCUGUUCUCCAGAUUGUUCAAGGUACAGACACGGAUGCUGUUCAGAUAAAAUCACACCAGCUAGGGGCCCCAAUGGUGAAGGAUGCCCAGAUAAUUGUACAAUGUCUCGAUAUGGAUGCUGUCUGGAUCAAGUUACUGAGGCAAAAGGAUUUAAUUUUGAAGGUUGUCCUCAAGGAUGUGUUCAAAGUAGAUAUGGAUGUUGUCCAGAUGAUGAAACGGAGGCCAGAGGUCCCAAUGGAGAAGGGUGUUUUGUUGAGUGCUCAAGAUACAGGUAUGGAUGCUGUCCUGAUAAUUUAACUCCUGCAAGAGGUCCAAAUGCUGAAGGAUGCCCUGACUUAUGUGAAAAUAGUAGAUAUGGCUGUUGUCCUGAUGGUAAAACAGAAGCUAGAGGACCUGACGGAGAGGGUUGUUCUGUAGACUGUUCUAGAUACAGAUUUGGCUGUUGUCCAGACAAUGUAACUCCUGCUAGGGGUCCAGAUAGGGAGGGUUGUCCUAAUCCCUGCAGUAACUCUAGAUAUGGAUGUUGCCCUGAUGGUAGAACAGAAGCUAGAGGACCUGAAGGAGAGGGUUGUUCUGUAGACUGUUCCAGAUACAGAUUUGGCUGUUGUCCAAACAAUGUAACACCUGCUAGAGGUCCAGAUGGUGAGGGUUGUCCUAAUUCCUGCAGUAACUCUAGAUAUGGCUGUUGUUUAGAUGGAAGAACUUCUGCCAAGGGCCCAAAUGGAGAGGGGUGUUUUAAUGAAUGUAUGAGAACUCGGUAUGGAUGUUGUCCUGACAACCAGACUCCAGCGAGAGGUCCUAAUCAGGAGGGAUGUCCCAUUAAAUGUAGAAACUCUAUAUUUGGAUGUUGUUCUGAUGGACUUACAGAAGCAAGAGGUCCCAAUGGGGAAGGAUGUCUACCUGACUGUGAAAUGAGAAUUUAUGGAUGUUGCGCAGAUAACAAAACUCCUGCAAGGGGCCCAAAUGGGGAAGGUUGUCCUAAAGUUUGUGAAUUAACUAGAUAUGGGUGUUGUCCAAACAGCAAUAUCUCUGCUGUUGGACCUAAUUAUACAGGUUGUCCAUAUUCUUGUUUCACAAGUUUAUUUGGAUGUUGUCCUGACAACUAUACUGCUGCAAAAGGCUCCAAUGGAGAAGGUUGUCGGGGAAGUUGUGAGUUAUCUAGAUUUGGGUGUUGUCCAAACACUAACAUUUCUGCAACUGGACCCAAUUACUCAGGCUGCUCAAAUACGUGUUAUAACAGUUUCUAUGGAUGUUGUUCCGAUAACUAUACAUUGGCACGAGGUCCAAAUGGAGCAGGUUGUCCUAAAUCAUGUGAUCGGUAUCCUUAUGGAUGUUGCCAGGAUGGUAGAACACCAGCAGAUGGGCCCAGGAAGGAGGGAUGUCCAAUAACUCAACAUUCAGAUUUCUGCAGUCUGAACCCAGAGCGAGGGCCAUGUUCAAACUACACAGUGUUUCACUUCUACAAUAGUACCUCUGGACAAUGUGAGAGAUUUUGGUACGGGGGAUGUGAAGGAAAUGACAACCGAUUUAGUACAAGGGAAGAAUGUCAAGCCAAAUGUUCAGGAAAGAAUGCUGAUGAUGGAACCCCUGUAACAGAAAGGCAAACAUGUGAUAACAGUUACUAUAAAUGUUGUCCUGAUGGAGUGACAUUUGCCAGAGGACCAAACUAUGAAGGGUGCCAGCAAUCAGAAUCUGGAGCAGCAGAUUGUAAACAGCCCUCAGAUUCGGGUAGAAGUUGUGAGGGGUCAAAACUAAAUGUGAAGUGGUACUACAACCAUGAUGCCCAGCGAUGUGAACGCUUCUGGUACAGAGGCUGUGGGGGAAAUGGCAACAAGUUUGGCUCGGAGCAAGAAUGUCGACAGAAAUGUACAGGCACAAGGCCACCAGUGGUAACUCGUGCAACCACAACACGGCCUGUAGUGUCGGGUCCAGUCUGUGAAUUAGAUCAAGACAGAGGGCCAUGUACUCAAUGGUCUGCAAAGUGGUAUUACGAUAGAACAGAGGGACGCUGUCUUCGUUUUUGGUAUGGUGGAUGCCAGGGAAAUCGCAAUCGUUUUGAGACAGAGAGCGAGUGCGAGACAACCUGUCGUGGAGGGCCAGUCCCUACUGAGAGACCCCCCGUGUCCCCGCCCCAAGACGAUCCUUGUCAGUUGCCCUCUAUGGUUGGCCGGUGUAGGGCCCGCCUACAGCGGUGGUUCUAUAACAAGCAAACCAAAGAUUGUCAGCUGUUUACGUAUGGUGGAUGUGGUGGCAAUGCGAAUAACUUCAGAACUAGGAAGGAAUGUUUCAACCGAUGCAUGCCAACAGACAUGAUAAGAAAUCUUCGUGUCCACCAUUCGACUUCUGAUAAAAUCAUGGUGGCUUGGGAACCUCCACAGAACAAUGAUGUUCAGAGUUACAAGCUGGCUUACAUGGGAACCAAAUAUUACCGAGACACCACCAAGCAGGACCCCAUGAAGGAAAUCAUUCUGGCCCCGGAUUCCCAGUCCUACACAAUGGAUAACUUGAUGGAUGGGGCUGAUUACAUGAUAAAUGUGUUCCCUCAGUUUAAUGGGCGAGGAAAUGGACCAAAAAGCAGCAUCAUGGGCAAGACACAAACACUAGUGCUCUGUGAUGAUUCUGUAUUUGGCUGCUGCCCUGAUGAUGUUACUGCUGCCUCAGGAAAAAACUAUUUAGGUUGUGGUGAUACCGAUCCUUGUAAGAAAUCUACGUAUGGUUGUUGUGAAGAUGGCAUUAGUGAAGCUACAGGACCAAACUUUGAGGGUUGCGAUAGAGAUGUUGGACCAUCUGGGGACUUCUGUAAAGAGAAUGUAUAUGGUUGUUGUCAAGAUGGGGAGACCCCGGCUCAGGGAGCUAACUACUACGGAUGUCCCACAGAGCCUGAAGUAUCGCCUGUUGGAGUUUGCCGAAUGAAAAAUGACCGUGGAUCUUGUACAGAUUAUCGGGUUCAGUGGUUCUACAACAGCACCUCUCAACGCUGCGAACGUUUCUGGUAUGGCGGUUGUGGUGGUAAUGAUAACCGCUUUGAUGAUGAAGAAUCGUGCUCACGUCGGUGCGGACAAACCAUCCCUGAUACUGGUUCAAAGCCUGCCUGUGAACAGCCCAAGGUCACCGGUCCAUGUGAAGCGUCCUUGUCGAGGUACUACUUUAAUGGAAAGGAAUGUGAGCAGUUUGUCUAUGGAGGAUGUCAAGGCAACCAAAAUAAUUUCGAAACUCAGGACCAGUGUGAGGCAACCUGUGAAAUUGACAUUGACAAUGAAAAAGGACAGGACACUUGUCAGCAGGCCAUGGAUACAGGGCCAUGCAGAAGUAACAUUCCCAGGUGGUAUUACGAUAUCCAGUCCAAACAGUGCCUGGAAUUCCUCUACGGAGGCUGCCAAGGAAACACCAAUAACUUUAACACCCGGGAGGAGUGUCAGAAAUUGUGUGCCCCAGGCACAAAGGAAUUAGGAAGAGAGGAUCAGGAUGUGUGUCGACUGACUUCAGACUCGGGAUCUUGUAGAGCCAGCAUACCUCGAUGGUUCUAUGACUACAAUGAUGGGAUUUGUAAAGAAUUCAGUUAUGGAGGUUGUGAAGGGAAUAAGAAUAAUUUUGAAACACGAGAACAGUGUGAAUCUUCUUGCAGCAAACAGAAUGUUUGCAAGCCUUUCAUAACUGGACAAAUUCAGUGCCUUGCCUAUCAACGUCGAUACAAGUAUGACCCCACUACAGGGGAUUGUGCACUAUUCAUUUAUGGAGGAUGUGGUGGAAAUUCCAACAAUUUCGGAUCUUUGGAUGCUUGUCGGAAAAAGUGUGCCCCAGAGAAACUUUUGCCAGUAACCACAGAGUCUCCCAUCGAGGGAAGUGGAGAAGUGAUGGAAGAAUACUGUCAUCUGCCAAUGGAACGAGGAAACUGUAGGGCAUACAUUCCGGCCUGGUACUACGAUCACCUGACUGGGUUGUGUAACGAAUUUGAAUAUGGAGGAUGUGGAGGAAACGACAAUCGCUUCACAAGUCGUGAAGUGUGCGAGUCAUCCUGCAGUAGUGACAACAUUUGUAAUUUGGAGAAACAAGAGGGCAACUGCCUUGCCUUCAUUCCACGAUAUUAUUACAACAAGAACACUGGUACCUGUGACUCCUUUACAUAUGGAGGAUGCGGAGCAAAUGCCAAUAAUUUCGAUUCCCUGGAAGCUUGCAACAGAAAGUGUUUACGAAACGUGCGCCCGUCAUGUGCUGACUCACAAUUCCGGUGUGGCAAUGGACAGUGCAUUGAUGGGAGGCGAGUUUGUGAUAGAGUAGCAGACUGCACUGAUAGAUCAGAUGAGGAUGAAAGACAAUGUGUGCGCCCAUCAUGCUCUGACUCAGAAUUCCAGUGUGGCAAUGGACAGUGCAUUGAUGCGAGGCGAGUUUGUGACAGAGUAGCGGACUGCAAUGAUAGAUCAGAUGAGGAUGAAAGACAAUGUGUGCGCCGGUCAUGCUCUGACUCAGAAUUCCAGUGUGGUAAUGGACAGUGCAUUGAUGUGAGGCAACGUUGUGAUGGAGUACCGGACUGUGCCGAUAGUUCAGAUGAAAAUGCAGGAGAAUGUGAACGCAGCAGGUCUUGCCCAGAAGGCUUAUUUCGCUGUGCUGAUAGCACCUGUGUUAAUGGUGGACGUUGUGAUGGCAGACAAGAUUGUCGUGACAACUCAGAUGAAGUCAAAUGCGGACUGGACUCGUAUCCAACAGAUGUUGAUGUAUCUCCAUCCAGUUAUGACAGUUUUACAGUGAUGCUUAGAUGGAGGGCACCUGCCACCAUUGGUCUUAAUCCAGUAUUAGACUAUCUGGUUCACUACACUAACAAGGAUCCUAACUCUGACAGCAGUCAGUGGCAGACACUACAAAUAGAGGGCAACAGAGAAUACUCUUACAUCCCAGGACUACAGCCAGACUCCACCUAUUAUUUUAAGAUCCAGGCCAGGAAUAGGAUUGGUUAUGGUCCAUUUUCAAAAACUGUGGUCUACAUUGCACCAUCAAGGACAACAGAUGCACCCAAAGGGAAAGAUCCGAUCUGCUUGCUUCCAGUGGACAGAGGCAGCUGUAACAACAUGACUGUUAUGUACUACUAUGACCCAUCAAUUAGUGAUUGUAGACCUUUCCGGUGGUAUGGUUGCACUGGUAAUUCCAACAGGUUCAGUACUGGACAAGAGUGUAGAAACAAGUGCUGGGACAGAUACAACAUUAUACCCACAGAACGACCCAGGGUCACAGAACGACCCAGGGUCACAGAACGACCCAGAGUCACAGAACGACCCAGAGUCACAGAACGACCCAGGGUCACAGAACGACCCAGGUUCACAGAACGACCCAGAGUCACCACCCCCAGUCCAAUUACCACCAGAGUCUACACUAUCAAUGUUGAUCUCUGUGAUGAGAGUUCGAAUACAGGGACUUGUGCUAACUAUUCUGUCAAGUGGUUCUACAAUAGCACUGCAAAGAAGUGUGACCGCUUCUGGUAUGGAGGAUGUGAAGGAAAUGCCAACAGGUUUGAUGAUGAGAGGGAGUGUAAAGAAGUCUGUAUCAACAGAAUUCGCCCAAUUAGAGGCACAACAAAAGCCCCUGAUGACAAGGAUAAUCGGAACUGUGGAUCUCGCUUUGGCUGUUGUCCUGAUGGAAUCACCGCUGCAAGAGACUUUUACCUCAGCAACUGUAAUGAUGAGACAGGACCAGAUACAGAGGUCAUUGAAGGCGAUUAUAUUUCUCUGUUGGAGCAGCCUGAUUCAGACAUCAAAAUAACUUGUAACAAAUAUAGGUCAGGCUAUGGCUCGGUCUCCUGGUAUAAAGAUGGAUUCCAAAUCUCCCAGACUAACAGACUAGUGGUCCAGAAUGACGGUUCACUGCUGAUUCUUCGGGCCACGGUGGACGACAGUGGCAUGUAUGCCUGUCGUGUGGCUGCUGUGGGUUCCUCCCCCGAGAUUGAGAGGUUUAGACUGCAAGUUGAAGCCCAUGGGGAAGAAGUUCCCAUCAAGAUCUUCCCAACACCAGCCAAGAUUGUUGUCAAACCAGGAGCAGAUGCCUUCCUCCACUGUCAGGCAUAUGGAAAUCCACGCCCACGCGUGGCCUGGUCUCGUGAUGGGUAUGAUGUGUCUGGAAAUCCUAGACAUACUGUAUACCCAAAUGGAACUUUGAUCAUUCAAAGGACCCUGGAACAAGAUAUGGGCAGUUACCUUUGUGUGGCCAGCAAUGGAGUGUCCACACCUGCCCAGAGGAUUGUCAAGUUACAACUCAGAGAAUCUUUAAGGGCUAGAAUUGAUCCUGUAGAGGAGAGGAAGAGAGAGAGUGAAGCACUCUACCUUACCUGCUCAGGGUUCGGUUACCCAACCCCCUCAAUUUCGUGGGAGAAGAAUGGCUUGUCACUGACAUCAGAUCAGAGGAUCAAAAUCCAAGGGGGUAGCUUAAGGGUCAUUAAUCUUGCCCUGGAGGAUACUGGUACUUACAACUGUAUAGUGAGGAAUGAUGAGGAGAAAGUGGAGGACACUGUGUCAAUUCAAGUCGUUCCAUUCGAUUUGGUGCCAUCCGAUUGUAAGGACACAGGCAGUAGGUUCAAAUGUUCUCUGAUUGUUAGUGCUCGACUGUGUGGUCACACCCGGUACUCAACACCCUGCUGCGAGAGCUGCCGUAGGGAGAGAGAGAGACUUAUGCAAAAGUCGCCGAGGGGAUAAAGCAGGCGCCACUAACUUCAAUACUCAGCCACACUGUGUCAUGCCCUAUAUUACAACACUUAUACACACUUUGUAACUGAGUAAUCUCAAUCGCUACCUUUGUAUCCACUGUAACCAACAGAAUAUAACAAGUGAUAAAAAGGUUGCUAUUUGUACUUUUAUAAAACUUGUAGAUUCUGCUAAUUCUUUACAUGUACUGUAUUUUAGUACUUUUUACUGAUUAUUAGUCAGAUGAGAAAUCCUUGUUUUUGCAUACAGAACCCUUUUCCCCUUGUUAAAUAUGUAGUGAUUUUUCCUUUCUUUUACGUGUUAGGGCUGACUGUGGCGUCGAGGCCAGUUAACAUUCCACAUGAUUCAUAGGAUUUUAUCGAUUGUAUCAAGUAUUAAUGAUAUGAAUGUAAUCAUUUCUAAAAUCAGAUCAAUACUACAGUAAAUAAUAAGCCUUGAUAUUUUAUAAUCAUUUCCCCCUUUAUAUCUCACGCUAUAUAAAGAAUAUUUAUAUGUGCAAGUACAUGUAUAUGUUAUCUCAUUUAUUAUGUGUGUUCCAAAUUUGGUCAAUAUCUAGGUAAACAAAUCCAGAUUUAUGUAUAAUUGAUAAAUUUUGAAGAAACCAAAAAUGGAACAUAGGGUUAUAUUGUCAAAAAUAUGCAUGCAUAUAUGUAUGAAUUUUUUUUCUAGGUUAAAGAUUGCAGUUCAUGAAAAACCAUUUAAUACCUCUUUAUGUGUUACUAUGCAAUGGUGCUCAGUUAGUAUUGCUUGUCCUACUAAGUCUACAACUAAUGAACUUAUACAUGGAGCAAUGCCAUUUUUAUAUUGUUUUACAAAAAUCUGGAUUUUUAAUAAAUGUUGUAAAAUUUCUUUUUAAUACAAUUCUUUGUUUAUUGUAUUCAUUGACUGGGAUACAGCAGAGUUGACCUAAUUUUAACAAUUUUACUUUGAAUGAAUAAAAUUGCUAGAUUUAA